AUGGUUUCCGGACUCGUCGAAUUCGAAAUACUGAGGGGAAAAAACUACCCUCAGACAGAAGACGAUCCAAAUCCCUGCACAACCCAGGUCACGGUCGCAGUAGUUGACGCGUUGUCAGGUGCUAUUCUCUCGGCUGUGCAGUUAUCAUCUAUUCAGCAAAACUCGAAUGCCCCAUUUUACAACGACAAAUUGAAUUUCAAGUUGGAAGAGGCAUCUGAAAAUGUAUGUUUUUCCAUAACAGUGAGCGAACACUCUCGCAGAAAGAUGCCAUUUGUUCUUUUUUAUGGCAAGCAGCUCAUAGAGCUAUCCAAGCUAAAAUCAAAGCAGCGAUUCGUGAUUCCGCUGUUCCCCGAAGAAGAGAAUAAUCGGCAAAUCGAAAUUGGUGCAGAGCCGUUGGUGCUUGAAAAAAGUGGGACAGCACCAUUAUUGAGCGUGAGUAUCCAGUUUACCAAAGAUAAAAUUUUGGACACAGUGGAUCCGUAUUCUGACGUCGAUAUCUCAGGCAAGGACUUAUCCCUUGACGGCAGCAAUCAACUCGUUCCAGAGGGAAAUCAAUACGUAUGGCUAAGACUGAAAAGUGACAAAAAAUGGACGAAUUCUUAUCAAUGUGAGCUUUUGGUUGUUUGGCGGUCUCGUGCUCCUCUCGAAGCGGAGCCUCAAGGAAACACAAAGCCUCGAAAAGGCACUACUGGAGGGAUGGGUGGGGUUGCAGGAGAAGUGGAUUCGGCACGAACGCUGGGCGACAUCAUCACCAAAAAAUGGUGCUGCCACCGCACGCACCAGGUCCUUACGCGAAUAUGCCUUACUGCAGAGAAGUACGGAAAAAAAAUAACCGAUCUCACAUUCACCCCGAAGGAGGAGAUAGAGUUUCGCACCAACAAGAAAGAGCGCUGUGUGUUGCUCGAGCGAAUUUGCGAAGAGAAGCUGAAAUAUGCUGGUAGCAACCGUCUUCAAGACUGGCUCAACAGAAUAUGGAUUCUUUUUGUGACUGGUGUCGACAACGAUCCUGCAGGGCCUCGAGCUUUGAGCUACGAGGUGCGAAAGGCUGUCCAUGACGCCCAAUUUACAGAAGAGGACGCAAUUAUUCUGCAAGCAUGCCUUUUGUUUUCCUUUAUUCCAUCUCUCAAGUACGAAGUGUGUCAAGCACUUUCCGAGUCUGAUUAUCAAGUCUCUCCGUCGGAAAAAAGGAGAGAGCUGACUGGGUUUGAAGCUUCCCAGUGUAUGGUAACACCGUCACAGAGGUUGUUCACUCAUGUUUUUAUUUUUUUUGUUGGGCCACUUCUUGACACGUUAACCGAAGCGGAAAUCGUUAAGGCUGCAGCUGAGUUCAAGCCUGCCAUAUGGGAUGCGCAACAGCGCAUUGCUGAAGGUGCAAAGAGCACAAUUGGUCACCACAGAAGGAACAACGACGGGUCGAUUGUAAAAGGCAAUGGUAUUCGUAUCGAUCACUUGGACAAGCUCGGCCAUCGCAAGCAAACGCCGAGAUUUGUUUGA